AUGGAUACUGCUGACUUGAGUGAGUCGGCCACCUCUUUGCGGGUGAACGAUAUCGGGCUUGACUCCCAGGCGCUCCUAUGUGACAAGAAACGCCAGCACAAACCCAUGACAAAUGGGUAUGUGCGUCUUGCGACGGCCGAGGAAGCGGCACACCCCACGCUGCUCUGUGAAAGAAAAAUCCAAUGUCCACGUGACGAGGCAUUGCAUUUGGGUGUGACGGCACUGGACACGCUCCUCGAGCAGGCUGAAGGGCCUGACCCUUCACCCAUUUCAAGACUGGCACUGGGAGCAUUGCCCAGAAGACACAAAGUCAAACCUUGGGUUGCAAAGUUUGGCACAUACUGGCAAGUUUUUGCUGACCCACAGAAGCCCAACGACCCGGAUAAGCUGCUCGACAAGAUGCUACGGUCGUUUUUCUCAACGUCGACGACAAUUCCACAUUGGGAUGUCACCCGAGAAGCUUGGAACAGCCAAGUGGAGGAGCUCAUGGGCAAGAUGCCCAACAUGUUUUGGAACUGGUGGUCAUCAAGCGUUUGGUUUUUGUGCAUUGCUGACGAUGGCGAACAUGAGACCCCGCAAAAAUUCGCUGGAAGGAAGCACCCUCGCAUGGCUGUCCGGUCACCGAUGGACGGUGCUGUCAGUAUGAUGGGCUUCAACGCCUCGCCUUUUGGGGCGGUUGGGAGUAUGGCUGGUUUCCUAAGGGUAAGCCUUGCUGUUUGGCUCAUAGGCUUGGUAGUUCUUCGAGCUGCUCUUCAACUUUGCUGGACGGUUUUGCCUGACGACCACAUUGUGCUGGGCCGAGAAGAACUGCCAAACAUUCCAUCCUACAUCCCUCCCCGGAGUUUUGUAACUUUACUGGAUCUCUUGGGCCUGACAUUUGCGAAGGGAGGAAAGAGACACGUGCCUUUCAACCACAAGUUUAAAUUGUUGGGCCUGGAGGUUAACCUGGAAGGUCGCAAAGGCAACCCAGUGACCAUUGGAUGCAUUAAAGCACGAAGGUCAGAGCUGGCAGCCAAAAUCAACGACAUCUUGGCAGAAGCUUGGUUGGAUGCAAAGAAAGCGGAAAG